AUGGGCGCCUAUCUCUAUGGGCGCCUUUCUCUAUGGGCGUCUAUCUCUAUGGGCGCCUAUCUCUAUGGGCGCCUAUCUCUAUGGGCGCCUAUCUCUAUGGGCGCCUAUCUCUAUGGGCGCCUCUCUCUAUGGGCGCCUAUCUCUAUGGCCGCCUAUCUCUAUGGGCGCCUAUCUCUAUGGGCGCCUAUCUGUAUGGGCGCCUAUCUCUAUGGGCGCCUAUCUCUAUGGGCGCCUAUCUCUAUGGGGGCCUAUCUUUAUGGGCACCUAUCUCUAUGGGCGCCUAUCUCUAUGGGCGCCUAUCUCUAUGGGCGCCUAUCUGGGCGCCUAUCUCUAGGAGCGCCUAUCUCUAGGGGCGCAUAUCUCUAUGGGCGCCAAUCUCUAAGGGCACCUAUCUCUACGGGCGCCUAUCUCUAUGGGCGCCUAUCUCUAGGGGCGUCUAUCUCUAUGGGCGUCUAUCUCAAGGGGCGCCUUUCUCUAGGGGUUCCUAUCUCUAUGGGCGCCUAUCUCUAUGGGCGCCUAUCUCUAUGGGCGCCUAUCUCUAGGGGUGCCUAUCUCUAUGGGCGCCUGUCUCUAGGGGCGCCUAUCUGGGCGCCUAUCUCUAUGGGCGCCUAUCUCUAUGGGCGCCUAUCUCUAUGGGCGCCUAUCUCUAUGGGCGCCUAUCUCUAUGGGCGCCUAUCUCUAUGGGCGCCUAUCUCUAUGGGCGCCUAUCUCUAUGGGCACCUAUCUCUAUGGGCGCCUAUCUCUAGGGGUGCCUAUCUCUGGGCACCUAUCUCUAUGGACGCCUAUCUCUAUGGGCGCCUAUCUCUAGGGGCGGCUAUUUCUAUGGGCGUCUAUCUCAAGGGGCGCCUAUCUCUAGGGGUGCCUAUCUCUAUGGGCGUCUAUCUCUAUGGGCGCCUCUCUUUAGGGGCCCCAGGGUGCCGAUCUCUAUGGGGCGCCUAUCUCUGUGGGCGCUUAUCUCUAUGGAUGCCUAUCUCUGGGGGCGCCUAUCUCUAUGGGCGCCUAUCUCUAUGGGCGCCUAUCUCUAGGGGUGCCUAUCUCUGGGCACCUAUCUCUAUGGGCACCUAUCUCUAUGGGCGCCUAUCUCUAGGGGCGGCUAUCUCUAUGGGCUUCUAUCUCAAGGGGCGCCUAUCUCUAGGGGUGCCUAUCUCUAUGGGCGCCUAUCUCUAUGGGCGCCUCUCUUUAGGGGCGCCAAUCUCUAGAGGCGCCUAUCUCUAUGGGGCGCCUAUCUCUAUGGGCGCCUAUCUCUAUGGGCGCCUAUCUCUAUGGGCGCCUAUCUCUAUGGGCGCCUAUCUCUAUGGGCGCCUAUCUCUAUGGGCGCCUAUCUCUAUGGGCGCCUAUCUCUAUGGGCGCCUAUCUCUAUGGGCGCCUAUCUCUAGGGGUGCCUAUCUCUGGGCACCUAUCUCUAUGGGCGCCUAUCUCUAUGGGCGCCUAUCUCUAGGGGCGGCUAUUUCUAUGGGCGUCUAUCUCAAGGGGCGCCUAUCUCUAGGGGUGCCUAUCUCUAUGGGCGUCUAUCUCUAUGGGCGCCUCUCUUUAGGGGCCCCAGGGCGCCUAUCUCUAGGGGCGCCUAUCUCUAUGGGCGCCUAUCUCUAUGGGCGCCUAUCCCUAUGGGCGCCUAUCUCUAUGGGCGCCUAUCUCUAUGGGCGCCUAUCUCUAUGGGCGCCUAUCUCUAGGGGUGCCUAUCUCUGGGCACCUAUCUCUAUGGGCACCUAUCUCUAUGGGCGCCUAUCUCUAGGGGCGGCUAUCUCUAUGGGCUUCUAUCUCAAGGGGCGCCUAUCUCUAGGGGUGCCUAUCUCUAUGGGCGCCUAUCUCUAUGGGCGCCUCUCUUUAGGGGCGCCAAUCUCUAGAGGCGCCUAUCUCUAUGGGGCGGCUAUCUCUAGGGGCACCUAUCUCUAUGGGCGCCUAUCUCUAGGGGCGCCCAUCUCUAUGGGCGGCUAUCUCUUUGGGCGCCUAUCUCUAUGGGCGCCUAUCUCUAGGGGCGCCUAUCUCUUGGGGCGCCUAUCUCUAUGGGCGCCUAUCUCUAUGGGCGCCUAUCUCUAUGGGCGCCUAUCUCUAUGGGCGCCUAUCUCUAGGGGUGCCUAUCUCUAUGGGGCGCCUAUCUCUGGGCGCCUAUCUCUAGGGGCGCCUAUCUCUAUGGGCGCCUAUCUCUAUGGGCGCCUAUCUCUAGAGGCGCCUAUCUCUAUGGGCGUCUAUCUCAAGGGGCGCCUAUCUCUAGGGGCGCCUAUCUCUACGGGCGCCUAUCUCUAUGGGCGCCUCUUUUUAGGGGCGCCAAUCUCUAGAGGUGCCUAUCUCUAUGGUCGCCCAUCUCUAGGGGCGCCUACCUCUAGGGGCACCUAUCUCUAG